AUUUCGUGCUACUGCUAAGAUUUUGUUUAUUUCUAAAAAGAAAUAUUUUAAAAUUUAACCAAUUAUUAAAAAAUACAAUUAAAAUCAUUUAAAUAUUAUGGCUGCAAAUAGAUCACGUCGUGCUAAUGCAGGAAAUAAAAUAUCCAAAUUAAUUGAAGAAGAGGAAGAAGAUGAUUUCUACAAAACUUCCUACGGUGGUUUCCAAGAAGAAGCUGACGACAACGAAUAUGUACAAAAGGACGAAGAAGAGGAUGUUGUUGAUUCUGACUUCAGUAUUGAUGAAAAUGACGAACCAGUAUCGGAUAACGAGGAGGCUCCAGAAAAACGAAAGAAGAAAGGAAUCAACACCAAAGCUUAUAAGGAACCUCUGCCACCAAAAAAAGACGUCAAAUCUUCAGCGCCUAAGAAGAAGCUUACAAAAGUUGUCAAAAAGAAAUUGCGUCCGAAAUUCACCAUUCACGAUUCUGGUCGAAAAUCUAUUCGUGCAUCGACUGCCAUCAAAACAGAAGCUACCAAAAUUCGUCUCAAGGAAUUGAUUGAAGCUAAGAAGAAGAAAAAGAAGAUAAUACGCGUUGAAGAGUACAUGCCAACUCAGGAUGAACUCCUCGAGGAAGCCAAGAUUACGGAGCAGGAAAAUAUAAAAUCUCUUGAAAAAUUCCAAAAAAUGGAAUUGGAAAAGAAGAAAACUCGGCCGACUAAACGCACCUUCGCUGGUACAAUGAUCCGUUACCAUUCGAUGACAAUGCCGAUUGUAAAAAAAUCUUCCCGAAAUCUCAAUGACUCAGAAAAUGAUAAUAAAUGCGAGAGAACUUUCAUAUCAUUCGAAAAUGACAUCGACGACAAAGUCUUCCAAUCGAUAUUCAAACCGAUGCGAAUUAAGGACAAAGGAGGAUACAUUUGCGCUAUUACAAAAUUACCUGCCAGAUACUUUGAUCCAAUUACACAACUACCCUUCUACAGUAUUCAGGCUUUCAAAAUUCUACGAGAAGCUUACUACUUGCAAUUGGAAGAAAGAGGCAAUAUGGAGCAUCCAGAUAUGGCCAAGUGGGUCGAAUGGCGAAAGAUGGUGCGUGAAAACCGUCUGAAGGCAUCCAACAAAACCAAUAACGCGUAAAUGUUAAGAAAAACAGAAAGAGAGAGAAGAAUUAUAUCAAAACAUUAAAAUAAGAUAAAACUGAAAAUCA